UUUGGCAAGCAGUGAAUUACCGUUAGUGGCAAACAUCACUUCAGCAUGUGACACUAAACUGACUGCAAAACACUUUCAUUUCGUCUUUUGCUGCACGAGUGUGGUAUUAAUUUUAUUCCAUGCUUUGCUUCCAUUUUAGGAUAAAAAGAUCAAUCACAAGUGAGACAUGAGUGACAGAUCUAAACUUUUGGAGACAGGCAUUUUUCAAGGAGUCAUCAGAAAGUCUAGCUGCAUAACCGUUCGAAAUGUAAUAGGUGUAUGUUUAAUAAGUAUAUAUAUUACAUAUGUUUUAAUUCAAGUUGAAACACAAAGUGACACUUCACUGAAGCAGCCAUCACCUAAACCUGCAAAAAGGAAUGAAAACUACUCUUAUAUUAUCUUUGUACAAACUACAGACUCAGGUUUGCCUUCUUUAGUGGUUUGUGCCAUUGAAUCUGCUGCAAUCAUCUAUAAAAGAAGGAAAGUUCGAUUUUACAUGAAAGGGACGAAUGAUGAAAAUCCAAAACGCUCAGAUCCAGGACUUGAGCUGCUGAAAACCAUUUCAAAUGUUGAAAUUCUUAAACUGGAUCCAGAAUCAGUUUUAGAAAACACUCCCCUAGAAAAGUGGUAUAAAAAUACAGAUCCUACAAAAGAACGGUACUGGACCCAUGUCCAGUCAGAUGCCUUUAGGUACGCACUGCUCUGGCAAAAUGGCGGAAUGUAUAUGGAUACUGACGUCAUUUCAAUUAAGGCCUUACCAGAAGGGAACUUCCUGGGAUUCCAAUCUUCUGGCACUCUCAAUGGUGCUGUCUUAAGUUUUAGUACUCGUAGUUCACUUUUGUAUGCAUGUAUGACUGACUUUGUUCAAAAUUACCAAGGCAGUGUCUGGGGGCAUCAGGGUCCUGGUUUGCUGACACGUGUUUUUCAAAGAUUGUGUAAUGUUUCUAUGAUGGAUUCUGAGACCGAUCACAAAUGCACUUCGCAGAACAUUACCUUCAUGAAACGGUCGGCAUUUUAUCACAUUCCAUAUCCAGAAUGGAAGAGAUUUUACAGCACUUCAGAUAAUCCCUCUGUUUUUCAGGACUUUUACGCUGUACAUGUGUGGAAUCAAAUGAACCAGUGGAAUGGAAAAAAGACAAUCAAAGCACAGGAUGAAACCUUAUUAGAGAAGCUUUUUAAAGAAUACUGUCCACAGACCCAUAGUAAACUUUUAUAAUUUGAAGCUGUAAUGGAAAAAUCAUGUCUGAAUAUAGAUUCAUUGGCAUUGGUCCACA